ACAAAUUGGUGGCGGAGAAUUAUUAUAUGAAAAAAUUGAUCAUGGAAUACGAAAUGCUAAAGUUUUAAUCUGUUGUUUAACACCAAUGUAUCUUGUUUCGAAUAUGUGUCAACGUGAAUUAAUCUUAGCUGAUAUGCUUAAAAAACCUAUUGUACCAGUUAUGUUUGAAUCAACACCAUGGCCACCAAUUGGUGCUGCAAGUUUAAUUCUUUCACAAUUAACUUAUGUAGAUUUAAAAGGUGCCGGUGGACAUGGUGGUAGUGGUAAAGCAAUUGAUUUACAAGCACGAUACAAUGAGAUAGCAUCGGUUGUCGCACGUCAUACAACAUCAUCAUCACCAAGUACAUUUCAUCGAUUAGUACAUUCCUCGUCACUUGAUCAACGUGGUACAAAUCAUCCAUCAUCAACUUGUGCUGUUUUAACAACGGCUCGACACGCAAAACAAGCACGAAAUAAUCGUCGUCAAAAUGUUGAUUCACUUAAUUCACAUGAAAGUUCUAAUAGUAGUAUGAGUGAAGAUGAUUAUGAUUAUGAUGAUAAUGACAUAGAUGGUAGUGAUCAUCAUGUAAGACCUAUUGAACCUGUUUUAACAGUUGCUAAUGUUGGUCCAACUGUUGGUACAUCUUUAAAUCAACCAUUUCAAAUACGUAGUUCCGUUCAUUUGGAACAUCGUCUUGGUCCAAUAACAAAUUAUCAUCAGCAACCAAAUGUUGAUAAUAGUAUUGCUAGUUGUAGCAUCUGUAGCAUUCUGUGA